AACUGUAUCCUUAAGGUGACAAAAUACAUGGAAGAGGGUAUUAAAAUUCGUGUCGGUUUCUGUGGCUAUCGCGACCACUGCGAUGGUGAUGACCGUUUGCAUAUUUUCCCCUUCACCAACUCGUAUGAGGAUUUCGAAAGUGACUUAUCUAGUAUUUCAGCCAUGGGUGGUGGAGAUAUCCCUGAAGAUGUCUUAGGAGGUCUUGAUGCAGCCGUAAAUCAAAUGACCUGGCGCAAUAAAAUCCGCGUUAUUUUCCACGUCGGUGACGCUCCGCCGCAUGGUCGUCGUUUCACUAGCAUAUCUGACGAUUAUCCUGAAGGCGACCCAAAAAAUCUAACUGCAGAAGACGUGUUAGGGAGAAUGAAAUCGGCAAACAUCUUCUACUUUUUCGGAAAGGUCAAUAAACUUACCAAAAAUAUGGUAAACAUAUUCCAUAGUAUAAUUGGAGAUUUUUCAGAGUUUGAUCUCGAGAAUGUAGAAGGAAAUCCGGAAGCAUUGGUCUCCAAAUUUUUUGAAGCUACCUGUUCAGCGAUCAACACUGCUGUUUCAUUGAAUGAAUAA